UUUGGAUUUGAGUUUCCAUCUGAGGUUCUCCUCCUGUCGUUCGCUCCCGAUCCGACCAGAGCUACCUCAGCCCGGAGGAUCUCCACACACUUUAAUAUGGACUCAGAUUCUUCAAGGGUUCAACAUUUUUAAGCGUCUUUUUCGGCUGCUGCGUUUAUUUAGACCGUUCAGAAAAGCAUCUGAGGAUGGAUACAGUUUAUUUUUUAAUCAUUUUAAUUCAUGGAAUUAAUGCAGUAUCCCGCUCUGGAAAGGAUCUGAUGCCACAAAUGCCGAACGUGUGUACGGAGCGAGAGGUGAAGCUGGUGGCUCACAUGCAGCCGUGUGUCCAGGCCUUCACACGAAUGGUUAAAGUCUGGAAGCAGGGCUGUCAGGGACACUCGUGGUGUAUGAACUAUGAGAGGAGGACGGCGUAUUACACGGCGUACAGACAAGUGUAUCGUCAGGAAUAUCAGACUGUUUCCAAGUGUUGUCCGGGCUGGUCACAGCUCAAUGGAGAAGCCGGAUGUCUCUACCCUGUCUGCAGUUAUGGUGUGUGUUUUAAUGGAGGUCACUGUAAGGAAGGUUCCUCUCAACUCUGUGACUGUCCGGCCGGCUUCAGCGGUCCAAGCUGUCAGUACGAUGUCAACGAAUGUGAAGAGACAAACGGCGGCUGUGAAGCUCUUUGCUGUAACACCAUCGGCAGUUUCUACUGUAAGUGUCCUGCAGGACAAGAGUUGAAAGAGGACGGCAAGACCUGUCAGGAUAUUGAUGAAUGCCAGGUGCACAACGGAGGCUGCCAGCACAAGUGUGUGAACACCAGGGGCUCGUAUCACUGCCAGUGUAACGCUGGAUCACGACUGCACGUCGACGCACGGACCUGCAUCGCGGUCCACUCAUGCAGUGUGGGAAACGGCGGCUGUGAGCAUUUGUGUGUCCAGCAUACUGCAGGUCAUGUUCAGUGUCGCUGUCGGCCUGAUUACAAACUCGCCGCGGAUGGAAAACACUGUAAAUUGGAGAACCCGUGUGCGGUGAGGAAUGGUGGUUGUUCUCAGAUUUGUCAGAGGGCAGGCGAUGGCGCCCGCUGUGCAUGUCGAUCAGGUUAUAAGCUGGCCGAAGACGGGAAGACUUGUGAAGACACUGAUGAGUGUCAGACGGGUCAGGCAGACUGCUCUCACGGCUGCCAAAACACCAGAGGAUCGUUUGUGUGUGUGUGCCACGCUGCCUAUGAACUGGGUGUUGAUGGGAAACAGUGCUAUCGUAUUGAGAUGGAGAUUGUCAACAGUUGUGAUCAUAAUAACGGUGGCUGCUCUCAUCACUGUGAACAUUCCACCAAUGGACCCGUGUGCAGCUGUAACCACGGAUACAAGUUGGAUGAUGACCAAAAGACGUGUAUCGAUAUAAAUGAAUGUGGAAACGGCAGCUCUUGCUGUGAGCAGGAAUGCACAAACUAUCCUGGAGGUUAUGAAUGUUAUUGUACAGCUGGACAUCGCUUGAAUGCGGACGGAUACAGCUGUGAUGAUAUAGAUGAAUGUCUGGCUGAAAAUGGAGGCUGUGAUCACAGGUGUCAGAACAGCGCUGGGUCGUUUCAGUGUUACUGUAAACGCGGUUACCGCCUCGAUGAAGACCGCCGCUCAUGUGUUUCUUUGCAGGAUACUGUGGAGGCUUUAAGCAGCGGUCAGUCCAUUGAAAGACUUCGACCUCAGCUGACCAUCCUACAGGACUAUGAUCAGAUCCUGGAGAAAUACGACGACUAUGAAGAUGACGCUGGAGAACUAAGAGCUGAAAACACACUAGCUGAGAAGUUCAUAUGUCUGAAUGAAUCGUUCGGCUCUGACUGCAGUCUGUCGUGUGAGGACUGUGUGAACGGUGGAGUGUGCAACACACACAGAAGGGGAUGUGACUGUCCUGACGGAUGGACUGGAAUCAUCUGUAAUGAGACGUGUCCGUCAGGUUGGUUCGGAAGAAACUGCUCAUUCAGCUGUAAGUGUAAGAAUGAUGGUGUGUGUGAUCCGGUCACAGGAAGCUGUAGAUGUCCACCAGGGGUCAGUGGAGAGCUCUGUCAGGACGGUUGUCCGAAGGGUCUCUACGGGAAGUUCUGUAAUAAGAAGUGUAAUUGUGCUAAAAACGGACGCUGUCAUCGGACAUAUGGGGCGUGUCUGUGUGACCCGGGCCUGUACGGACGCUUCUGUCACCUCCCGUGUCCUCGGUGGAUGUUUGGACCGGGCUGUUCCGAAGAGUGUCGCUGUGUCCAGAAGAACUCUGUGGAGUGUCAUCGUCACCAUGGCGCCUGCAUCUGUAAACCGGGUUACCGGGGCGACACCUGCAGAGACACGUGUGAAUCGGGAUUCUACGGCUCUGAGUGUGUCAAAAAAUGCACCUGUCCACCCGGAGUGUCUUGUGAUCAUGUGACCGGAGCGUGUCAACCCGAGUGUUCAGCUGGAAAGAGAGGAGAGAAAUGUGAUGAAGAUUGUGUUGAUGGGAGAUUCGGGAUCGGCUGUUCUCAGUCAUGUGACUGCUCGGGGGCAUCAUGUGAUAAGAUCACCGGCCGAUGCGUGUGUCCCGCCGGAGCGGUUGGAGAACGCUGCGAGAAAGAGUGUGCUGAAGGUUAUUGGGGUGUUGAUUGUCGGGAAUCGUGUACGCCGUGUGCAAACGGAGGUGUUUGUAACAAGCGUAACGGGACGUGUGUGUGUUCAGCGGGAUUCCUCGGCAGACUGUGUCAGAACUCGUGUCCGGCGGGCCGGUUCGGUCAGGGUUGUCUGCUCAGAUGUUCCUGUGAUAACGGGGGUCGCUGUGAUCCUGUAAGCGGCCGCUGCUCGUGUCCCGCCGGCUGGACAGGACACAACUGCAUGAACGCGUGUGAUGUUGGUCGCUGGGGUGUGGACUGUGCGAACAUGUGUGGAUGUCAGAACGUUGAUGGAGGGUGUGACGCUCAAACCGGACGCUGUCAAUGUGAGGCGGGAUUCACAGGACCAACAUGUGACCAGAAAUGCCCUGCUGGUUCUUUUGGAGCAGGCUGUAAGCAUCGCUGCCAGUGUGAAAAUCAGGCAUCAUGUGAUCACGUGGGCGGGGCUUGUACCUGUAAUUUCGGCUGGACUGGAACUUUCUGUGAAAAGCCGUGUCCACAGGGAUUUUAUGGUCUGGACUGUCAGCAGAAGUGUGUGUGUGUGAAUGGAGCUCUAUGCAGUCACAUCACUGGUGAAUGUUCCUGUCGGCCUGGCUGGAUUGGACCACAUUGUAACCAAACGUGUGCUGUUGGAGUCUAUGGAGACGGCUGUUCUAAGACCUGUGUGUGUCACAAUAACAGCAGUUGUAAUGCAGUGAGCGGUCAGUGUGAAUGCAGCGCCGGCUGGACGGGAAACACCUGCACACGACAAUGUUCUCGAGGAUUCUUUGGCGUGGGUUGUGGUCAGAGAUGCCUGUGCCAGAAUGGUGGUUUGUGUGACCCUGUGAAUGGCCACUGCGAUUGCCCCAGCGGAUGGACGGGCUCUGCUUGUGAACGGGAAUGUCCAGCGGGUCGCUUCGGGUCCGACUGUCAGGACAGUUGUGUGUGUCAGAACGGUGGUCAGUGUGACAGACAGACGGGUGGUUGUGUUUGUCAGCCGGGCUGGACCGGAGAACUCUGUGAGAACGGAUGUGUGUCUGGACGUUUUGGAGCCGGCUGUGAGGGUCGAUGUGAGUGUGAGCACAACGCUCCCUGUCAUCAUGUGAGCGGAGAGUGUUUCUGUCCCGCCGGAUGGAGAGGACGACGCUGUGACAAAGCAUGUCUGCCUGGCUCAUACGGUGAGAAAUGCCUUCAGCGCUGCUCCUGCCCGACGGGAACAUCAUGUCAUCAUAUAAGCGGAAACUGUGGCUGUCCUGCUGGAUUUACCAGCCAUGGCUGUGAAGAGAUUUGUCUGCCCGGCACAUAUGGCAUGAACUGUAAUCAGGUGUGUCAGUGUUCAGAGAGUAACCAGCUGUGCCACCCAGUGUCCGGAAAAUGUUACUGCGCCCCCGGAUUCACAGGACCAAAGUGUGACCUUGGGUGUGCUGAAGGUUUCUAUGGACCCGACUGUGAGCGGCAGUGUCAGUGUUUGAAUGGAGGACUUUGUGUUUCUGUCUCGGGCACCUGCCAAUGUGCACCUGGUUUCAUCGGUGCCAGAUGCAAUCUGACGUGUCCGGCCGGACGUUACGGGCAGGACUGUGCUUAUGUGGCGGUCUGUGGGAAGGGUGCGAGGAAUGAUCCGGUCACAGGCAGAUGUAUCUGUGCAGCAGGACAACGUGGUGAAAACUGUGAUCAAGGCUGUGCUGCUGGCUGGUUUGGUUCAGAUUGUUCACAGAGAUGUAACUGUAGCAGUGGAGGUGUGUGUGACGCUGUCACUGGAAACUGCUCGUGUGCUCUCGGAUGGACCGGACAACAUUGUGAGAAAGAAUGUCCAGAAGGCAGGUUUGGUCCCAACUGUGCUCUCGAGUGUGUUUGUCAGAAUAACAGCACCUGUGACAGGGUAACCGGUGUCUGUCAGUGUAAAGCCGGAUAUUAUGGACACCGCUGUGAACACGUUUGUCCUGCUGGUCUAUACGGGUCUCAGUGUUCUCAGCGGUGCGAUUGUGUAAAUGAUGCUCAGUGUCAUCCCAGUACAGGACAGUGUCUCUGUCCCGCCGGCUUUCAUAGAUCUCGCUGUGACAGAGUUUGUGAGCAGGGCACGUUCGGUCAGAAUUGUUCUCAGUCAUGUGACUGUGCAGACGGCGGAUCAUGUGACCCCGUGAGCGGCAGGUGUGUCUGUCCCUCGGGAAAAAGCGGGGCCAGGUGUGACAGCGACUGCAGUAUGAACCGCUUCGGCCCAGACUGCGCUCUGACAUGUGAAUGUGAACACGGAUCUCAGUGUGACAGCAGAAACGGACGUUGCACGUGCCUGAAUGGCUGGAUUGGUCUCACGUGUUCUGAACGUGGACCUCCACAACUGGACCACAGAAGUUCAGAAGAGGCUCAGCGGCAUCCCAACAGAUCAUAGCACCAACACAACUCUGUCUUAGAGACAGAAGACAAAAGCACAAAUGUAUUUAUGGACCGUUUGUGGGUUCUUUUGGACCCGCUGGAAUCACUUUUUCAUUAACUGGAUGCGAAACUGAGGAAGUCUUGCAACAAACACAAACUGUUGGACACUGUGAUGACUGUGUUUUGAGUGCAUUCAUGUGAUUGUCAACUUCAAAUCACAGUGAGAGAAUUUACAGCGCAAGCAAUAAAAAAACAGUGAUUAUGUUUCACACACAGACAGAGUUUUUUUUACUGAGAUGCAGUUUGAUGCCUAUUGUGUGCUUUGGACCGUAGUCCAUACUUGAUCGAUUGUCAUUUACUGUUCGUAUUAUCUCAUGAUCUGUGUUAAGAUGUUUUUACAAGACUGGUUUUACAUUUCACACAUAGCAUCGAUUAGAAAUAAAGCGCCCCUUACUAAAAUAAGUAUACUUGGGUAGAGUUCAGGCGUAAUUUUAAAUAUACUUUAUGAAGUAAGUACUACAUGUAUACAUAUUAAUCUUCCAAACUUAUUUGGGAAUAAAUAAAUUGGCCAGUUAAUUAUAGUUUAAGUGUAAUGGUGGGAAACUUUUAAUACAAAACUACAAUAUAACGUUUCUGAGAAGCACAUAAAAAGCAUAUUUUUAGUGUAAAGUAUACUAAUAGCACACUUGAAUAUCCUUCUUUUUUGUAAAGCGUUUUAUGAAUAUAGUUUUAUUUUAAUGCUAUUAAAUUAAUAAAAGAUGAACAAAUACAAAAUGAGACAUACAAUCCCAGUACACAAUUGUAUUUUCGGAUAGUUUUGUCUGACCUGGAUGGCAGGCUGAUGUCUUAAUGUGGACGUCAUGAAGAUGUUUAUAUGCACAUGAAGUGAUUUCUCUGGAUCUUAUUAAUGGUGCUACAUUGCCCUUUUAUUAAAGGAGGGCCUGUGUAUGAAAUUCGUCAUAUCACGAACUUAUGUUUUGAUUUUUUGUUUAUUGAUGUUGCUUCUAUUCCAGUGCUUACGCCUUUUCAAAUCUGAAGUCUUA